AUGGCGUUCUCAAAUCGCCGACAACUAUCCAGCUCACCAAUGCUUUCAUUGGUCGUCCUUCCCUUCCUCGUCUUUCUUCUCAGCUUUGCUGGGCCAGCUUCUGCCGCCGGAUCGGCCGUGCUUGGAAUUGACAUCGGCACAGAAUACUUCAAGGCCGCGCUAGUGAAACCUGGUAUUCCACUCGAGAUUGUCCUCACCAAAGAUUCGAAGCGCAAAGAGUCCUCUGCGAUCGCAUUUAAGCCUACCCGAGAGAGCGAUGCACCAUUCCCCGAGCGAUUCUAUGGCGGUGAUGCGCUUGCUUUGACCGCUCGCUACCCGGACGAUAUUUACAUCAACCUGAAAACACUUUUGGGUCUGCAGUUCAACGAUGGCGCAGAUGAUAUUGUCAAGAGCUACUGGAACCGGUUCCCCGCUCUGAAGUUGGAGGCUGCCCCCGAUGGUCGUGGAUCUGUUGCUCUCCGCAGCAACCGACUGGGAGAAGAGCAGAAGAAGGAGGCCUUCCUGGUCGAGGAGAUUUUGGCCAUGCAGUUGAAGCAGAUCAAGGCGAAUGCUGAUACAUUGGCUGGCAAAGGAUCCGAUGUCCGCGAUGUGGUCAUUACCUACCCUACGUUCUACACUGCGGAGGAAAAGCGCAGUCUAGAGUUGGCGGCUGAAUUGGCGGGUCUGAAGAUCCAAGCUCUUGUCAGUGACGGACUUGCUGUUGGGUUGAACUACGCCACUAGCCGUACAUUCCCUAGCGUUUCCGAUGGCGAGAAGCCCGAAUACCACAUUGUGUACGAUAUGGGUGCUGGAUCCACCACCGCCAGCGUGUUGCGGUUCCAGAGCCGCAAAGUUAAGGACAUUGGCAAGUUCAACAAGACUAUUCAGGAAGUUCAUGUUGUUGGAUCUGGCUGGGACAAGUCACUUGGAGGCGACUCCCUAAACGAUCUCAUUGUCAACGACAUGGUCACCAAAUUGGCCGAGGAAAAGAAGCUGAAGGACAAGGUUACCAUCGCUGAGAUCAAGGCGCACGGAAAGACCAUGGCAAGACUUUGGAAGGAUGCUGAGAAGCUCCGACAGGUUCUGAGCGCCAACACCGAGACUUCGACCAGCUUUGAGGGCCUCUAUGACGAGAAUGUCAACUUCAAGUACAAGCUCAGCCGGGCCAACUUCGAGAAGAUGGCAGCCGACUAUGUUGCCCGCAUCGGAACGCCCGUCGAGCAGGCUUUGGCAGCUGCCGGCCUCCAAUUGAACGACGUCGACUCUGUUAUCCUGCACGGUGGAGCUAUCCGUACUCCGUUUGUCCAGAAGCAAUUGGAGAACUUCGCUGGCUCUUCUAAGAAGAUCCGAACCAAUGUCAACGCCGAUGAGGCGGCUGUCUUUGGUGCGGCGUUCAAGGGUGCUGCUCUGAGCCCCAGCUUCCGUGUCAAGGAUAUUCGCACCGGUGAUGCUGCUUCAUACCCUAUCUCUUUGAAGUGGAACUCGGAUGGCAAGCAAAGAAACCAGAAGCUCUUCACUGCUACCUCCCAAGUCGGCCCCGAGAAGCAGGUCACUGUGAAGAACCUGGAAGACUUCGAAUUCAGCUUCGCUCAGCUUGUUGCUCAGGAUGAAGAGCAGCCCAUUCUCAGUGUCCAGACCCAAAAUCUCACCGCAUCUGUUGCCAAGCUCAAGGAUUCCUUUGGCUGUACCACUGCAAAUAUUACCACCAAGUUCACGAUCCGCCUUAGCCCUGUGGACGGCCUUCCUGAGGUUAUUGCUGGUACCGUCAGCUGCGAAGUUGAAUCUGAGAAGAAGGGAAUUGUGGAAGAUGUCAAGGGAUUCUUCGGACUUGGCAAGAAGGACGAGCAAGAGGCCCUUGGCGAAGAUGGCGAGCCCCGUGAAUCGAUCACCCUCGAGCCCGAGACCGAGGCCUCGCCUACAUCCUCCGCCAGCUCUAAGAGUACCACCACAUCUACCAAGGACGCGAAGCCCACCCCUCAGACCAAGCUGGAGGUCAUUCCAAUUAGCUUGAAGUCGGUGGCGCUUGGAACCCCUGCCCCGUCGGCCGAAGAGCUUGUCCGCAUCAACACCCGUCUCGCCGCCUUUGAUACCUCGGAUCGUGACCGCAUUCUGCGCGAGGAGGCUCUCAAUGAAUUGGAGUCAUUUAUCUACCGCAGCCGCGACCUCGUUGACAACGAGGAGUUCAUCAAGGCUGUCAAGGCUGAUCAACUGACUCUCCUCUCCGAGCGAGCUUCCAAGGCCAGCGACUGGCUCUACGAGGAGAGCGAUAACGCCAAGACUGCCGAUUUCCAGUCAAAGCUCAAGGACCUGAAGGCCAUUGUCAACCCCGCCCUGAAGCGCAUGAAGGAGAGCUCUACUCGUCCUGCCCGCGUUCAGCUGCUCAAGGACAUGCUCAAGAAUGCCGAGUCCAUGAAGGAAUUGAUCAAAAACCAGAUCGAAAACGAUGAGCAACUCUACUCAUCCUCUAUUUCUGCCUCCGCCACCUCUACCGAGACCGAGGCCCCAACCCCUACCCCAGCUUCCGACGAAGGUCUCGAUGAUCUCGAAGAAGACGCCUACUCCGGCUCCUCUUCCACAACCUCCACCAAGAGUGCCGCCCCAGCCAAACCCACAGGCCCCAAGUACACCCUUUUCACGCCCGCCGAUCUGACUGCCAUCACGCAAGCGUUCGAGUCCACCGGCCCCUGGCUGGAAACCCAACUCAGUCUGCAAGAGAAGCUGACUGAGUCGGAUGAGCCCGCGCUUACCGUCUUGGAAGUCGACUCCCGGCUGCGCGACUUUGAGCGCAUCCUCAACCGCAUGUAUGAACGGAUGACAAAUGCCGCUGGACAGAAGAAGAGCAACAGCAACAGCAACAGCAAAAAGAGCUCCAAGGAUAAGAAGCCCGAUGAGAAGAAGAAGGGCAAGGAGCAGAAGAAGGAGAAGGAGGACCUUCCCAAAGACGAGUUGUAA